AGUGAUCAGUAUUAACUGACCAGCUUGAACCUAAGCAGUGUUAUUCUAUCGCGUAAUUAAUGUCCUGUGCUAGCUUAUCAUAAUCGAAAUGGCUAUCCGACCGAUCAUUCUGAGUGUAUAAUGCACUUUAAACUGUGAAAUUCGUUAUUCAGCAGAACUUCUGAUCCAACUUGAGUUUCGAUUUCUGACGUUCUCAAAUAUGCCGCGCGCUGCUGCUGCUGGUCAUGCCGAUAAGCCGAAAGGUCGAACGACCGCGUAUGCCUUUUUCAUGAAGCUGAUGAGCGAAGAGCAACGAAAGAAGAAUCAGAGCGUAGCAUUCACGGAACUUACGAAAAUGUGCUCUGAGCGAUGGAAGAACAUGUCCGAAAGCGAAAAACACAAAUUUCAAGUGAUGGCCAAUGAGGAUAAAGUGAGAUACGAUAAUGAGAUGAUGGGCUACGUCCCAGGACCCACGGACACGAAAACAUCGUCGAAGAGGAAGAAGAAAGAUCCGAAUGCUCCGAAGCGUGCUAUGUCGGCAUUCUUUUGGUUCAGCCAUGACGAACGCGCGAAAAUUAAGGUAUCGAAUCCUGGACGAUUGGCUGUUGCCGAUGUUUCCAAGGAACUCGGACGCCGUUGGGCGCAAGUUUCUGCUGCUGAUAAACAUCACUACCAGAAAUUGGCGGAUAAGGACAAGCUUCGUUAUGAAAAGGAAAUGGCGGCGUAUCGUGCCAAAAUCAAAGCUACCAAUCAUGAAACAGAUGAGAACGAUGGUGAAAAUGAUACCGAAGAAGACGAAUAA